AUGAGGCUUCAAUAUCAGUCACACGUGAAAGAUAAGGUUAAGUUAACCAUCUUCUUUCACUUACGUUACAUUACACUUUGAGAAAACCUGUCUUCAGCGUGAGUUAUGGCGAAAGCUGGAAAUUUGGUAUCCCCAACCCAAAGGAGCUUCAACUCAAUAAUAUUCAAUCCGUGCCGCCACCCUGCAGCCAAGUUCAAAACGUUGAAGUUGCUCUCUCAGUUUCACACUUAUAAUAAUAAUGAUGCCAGGUUUACUGCUUCUACCAAAAGAAAGUAUAACUUGCACUCUCCAUUGAUUGGGAAGAACACGAGUAAGGGUGCUCGCCGUCUGAUCACAAUAUCACCGGGUGAUAGCAAAUAUCAUGGAGAUUGGACAUGUGACUAUCUCGUAUCUUUGCACGACCUACAGUUACAGGAUUUGAUUGAAGUUGAAGAUGACCCACAUAAGGAUGCACAAGUAUUCAUCAACCUCUCCAUCCAAAAGCAUGCUAGCUUUGGCUUAUCGGUGGAUGGAAGAGUCAUGACAUCCUUCACUAGAAAAUGUAGCAACUGUUUUUCUCCAUAUUGCCGACAGAUUGACACUAAAUUUAACGUAUGGGUUCUCAUGGCUAGAGAUAAACAGCUACCUGAUAUUGGCGGAGACCCUAAUGUGAUAUAUGCUAGACCGGGAUACGAAGUUGAUCUUGACUCUCUUGUCCAAGAUGCUAUUCGGCUAAACUCCUCAGUAAAAGAUACGUGCUCGGACUUGUGCGAGAAAUCUGAGUAUACAGUACAGUAUACUACUGGACAAAGCCGGGCCUCUGUUGAUAAAAGGUGGUCUAGACUAUUGGAACUAAAGAAAUCAAAUUUAUGAUUCAUGGCAUAAAAUAAGAAGUUUCAUAUAUAGAAUAAUCGUCAGUUUUGCUUACUGAUUGUAUGUAUAAUGUAUCGAUGAUCAAUAUUCUCCUUUCUGAAAUGUGUACCGUUACCCAUGAAUGCUUGGAUUAUUUUUAUUUUUUUUACAUAUGUAUGCUGCUUCUGUAGACAGUAAAUAAUAUAUGAAAAUCUCCAGCUUUUUGGAGUC